UAGUGACUUUGUUAGUUCCAAAAUAUUUCAAGUAUCUUGACCCUAGUUUCAAACCUACCCCACUUUUUAGCUAAGUUUUUUCUUAGAAAAAAAUGAUGAAAAUGGUUCUUCUCUUGUUCUGCUUAGCCACUGCACUUACCUUCAAAGUUUCUGAGUCUAAAUCUGCUGUUUCUUUGCAACCUCAUGCUUUGGAGUCCUUUGAUGUUGGUUAUAUUCAGAUGAAAGGUGCAGAAAACUGCUCUUAUUUGGUGAUGAUAACAACAAGCUGUUCUUCUCCUAAGUUUACUACUGAUAAAAUCAGUAUUGCUUUUGGGGAUGCUAGUGGAAACCAGGUAUACGCAGCAAGACUAGACGAUCCAAAAUCCGGAACAUUUGAGCAAUGUUCAUCAGACUCAUUUCAACUAGAUGGACCAUGUGCAUCUCCAAUUUGUUUUGCCUAUCUAUAUAGAUCAGGUUCAACGGAUAACAAGGGUUGGGAACCAGAAAGUGUGAAAAUCUACGGAUACAAUUCAGAUGCUGUUACGUUUACUUUCAACUCGUCCAUCCCUAGUGACACAUGGUAUGGAUAUAACUACUGUGACACUCCAUCUCCUCCUUCAUCUUCCAUUCAACUAUCUAUUCAGAAAUGGGUUUUGUUUGUAAUGUUUUUAGGAUCUGUAUUUAGUGUUUGGAUGUAAGUUAUGUUGUGCUAUAUGCACUUAGAUGUUCUGUUUCUCUUCUUUUUUUUUUUUGUUAUUGCCACGAAACUUAUGCAAAGUGUCGAGCCGAGGAGGAUAAGGUUUAGGAGAAAAUCCUGCAACCAAGUGAUCUAAUCGGGAAAUCGGCGCGAAACUUAGCUAUUAGUACUUUAUGCUGAAAUAGGGAUAUGAGAUAUGUAAAACAUUAGCUUUUAUCUGAUGCAUGUUCUAUAUCUCCCUUUUAUCUGAGAUAUAAUGCAUAAAUAAACAGAGGCCUUUUUUUUAGUUA